GACCUUCAGAAAGACCCGUCUUGCGUUCACCUUACGAUGGAAUUGAGAAAGUCUCCUGAUGGCGGAUGGGGCUGGGUGAUUGUGUUCGUGUCCUUCUUCACACAGUUCUUGUGCUACGGCUCCCCGUUAGCUGUUGGCGUCUUGUACGUAGAGUGGUUGGAUGCCUUUGGGGAAGGGAAAGGAAAAACGGCUUGGGUUGGAUCCCUCGCAAGUGGCGUUGGCUUGCUUGCAAGUCCUCUCUGCAGCGUCUGUGUCUCAUCUUUUGGCGCAAGACCUGUCACCAUCUUCAGUGGCUUCCUGGUGGCCGGAGGGCUGAUGUUGAGCAGUUUUGCCCCUAACAUCUACUUCCUGCUUUUUUCCUAUGGGAUUGUUGUAGGUCUUGGAUGUGGUUUAUUGUACACUGCAACAGUGACCAUCACCUGCCAGUAUUUUGACAGCCGUCGAGGCCUUGCACUCGGCCUGAUUUCAACAGGUUCGAGUGUCGGACUUUUUAUCUAUGCUGCUCUGCAAAAGUUGCUGAUUGAAUUCUAUGGGCUGGAUGGAUGCUUGCUGAUUGUGGGUGCUGUAGCUUUAAAUAUAUUAGCUUGUGGCAGCCUGAUGAGACCCCUCCAGGCCUCUGUUAGCCCUUUGCCUGAAAAAGCAGCUGUGGAAAAUGUUCCAGAGAAAUAUUCCAUUUACAACGAACAAGAAAAGUGCCCGGAAGAAAACAUAAGCAUUCUUGAGAAGAGCUGCCGCGGGGAGGAGAAGUGGAAGAGCACUUUCGCCACGGGGGACGCCCCGCAGGAGGAUGCCCCCUGUAAGAACCCGGCUGCAGCGGCGCACGCGCGAGACACGGAGACCUACAGACAGAAAGUUGCCGAGCAAACGUAUUUCUGCACACAGCUUGCCAAGCGGAAGUGGCAGCUGUAUAGGACCUACUGCAGAGAGACAGCGGCCCUUUUUAAAAACAAGGUCUUCUCCUCACUCUUCAUUGCCAUCUUACUUUUCGACAUAGGUGGGUUUCCACCUUCAUUGCUCAUGGAAGAUGUAGCGCGAAGUUCAAAUGUGAAAGAAGAGGAUUUUAUUAUGCCUCUUAUUUCCAUAAUAGGCAUAAUGACAGCAGUUGGUAAACUCCUUUUAGGAAUAUUGGCAGACUUCAAGUGGAUUAAUACCUUAUAUCUUUAUGUAGUUACCUUAAUCACCAUGGGCCUGGCUUUGUGUGCAAUUCCACUUGCCAAAAGUUAUGCCACGCUAGCAAUACUGUCUGCGAUCCUAGGCUUUCUAACUGGCAACUGGUCCAUUUUUCCAUAUGUGACCACCAAGACUGUGGGAAUUGAGAAAUUAGCCCAUGCCUAUGGAAUAUUGAUGUUCUUUGCUGGACUUGGAAAUAGCCUUGGACCACCAAUCAUUGGUUGGUUUUAUGAUUGGACCCAGACCUAUGAUAUCGCAUUUUACUUUAGUGGCAUCUGUGUUUUGCUGGGAGGCUUAAUCCUGCUGCUGGCAGCCUUACCUCCCUGGGGUCCAUGCAACAAGCAGCUCCCCAAGGCAGCGCCGACAACGUUCUUAUACAAAGUUACCUCUAAUGUUUAGAGGACUAUUGCAAUAUUUGCUACUUUAUGCCAUGUAGCAAGAGCAUUUUUAAGCAAAUUCUUAGGCAAAUUUUCCAGCGUCAAGACUGUUUACUGGGCAAUAUUUUGUAAUGGUUGAUACUAAAUGAACUUUUUAAAAGACAUUUUUUUACAUUAUUCUGUUCUCUAUGUACUGUAUGUGUAGCCUCUAUCUCCUGUACUCCCUACCCCAAGAACCUGGGACUCUCCUGUUGUACUGUUAUUCACUAGCUAUUGAAAAUGUUAAAAAAAACAUUGUCCCUCUGUGUAACUACAGUUUCUCUGUGGACUCCAUAAAUUCCACUGCGAGGUGCCCAGAGGGGAUGCUUCUAUUUUCAAAUCCAUGUAAUCGGCACGUGCAUGACCACUAGGGACUAAACCACUCUCUUCUCUCUGGUAGGGCUAGUAAACCGAGGCCGUCCAGCCAACCAGGAAAUGACAGUGGUGGCUAAAAUAGCAUUAAGUUUCACAGUGGAGUAAACCGAUCACUAAAGGGGAAAAAACCACAUAAAACUUUAAGUUGUCCGUACCGUCAUGUAUCAUCACUUCCCGUCCGUGUUCCGUUCUGGGUCAGAGCACAGGAUGUGAUUUGGACGUUGUACAAGCACGGUGUGAUAAUCUGGUCCUGCCUUUUCUUUCAUCUUUUUGACUGAUCUUUGUACCUCAGCAGCGAUCCUCAGCUUGUGAGAGGGAGUCCCUUUCAUGUUUGCUCCUUGAUCCACGUCACGAGCACUUUCUCUUCUCGGAUUUAGCUCCCUUUUUUGGUGUUAGCCGUGUAGCUUGCUAUGGGGCUGCUCUUUCAGGAGCUCGGAGAAUUUUUCCCUUUUGGGAGGAGUGUUGUGAUGCUGAGACGACUGUGCCUUACUCGACUUGCAAGCAAUAACAUUCACGGAUUUUCCACCUUCAAGUUGUCGACUCACCUUUGUUUCACUUCCAAAUCCACACUUCCCCUGGCCUCUUCCUGCAGCUACCACUAGCCCUGGUGUUGCUGCCUCUGGAAGCCACGACGCACUUUGCUGUUUGAAUGAAAUUUAAACAGCGAGAUGCUACAACACUGAAGUGGAGCAAGAGACAAGUCACUGGAUGCUACUACCUGUGGAUGGAAGCGUGCGCUACUCUACGGUAAACCUUUUAGCAGGAGAGUACAGUACAUCUGCCCACAGCAUAGGCAUUUAUUCUGACUAGCAAGACAAUUGUAUUAUUGGUUACAUGAGGGCAAGUAAAAGGUUUUGCUGAAAAUCCUAAGAAACCUUCAUUCAAGAAAAAACUCAAAAUGUUGCCGCUGUGCCUUCUCGACACACCCUCCCCCUGGGUCAGCCAUGUCUGAAGGCAGCGCUUGCUUCUGGCUCAUCCGGCUCCCGACACUUCUGCGCACUCCAAUUUACGUGUCUUCAAAAGGCAGUCUUGCCAUGCUCAAAGAACUCAAAUCGUAUUUCUUGGAAACGUAUUUUGGAUUUGGGGAACAAGAAGAAGUCCAAAGGGGGAACGUCAGGGUUGCCGGCUGGCUGGGUAAGCUUCCCAGCGGAAGCCUCGCGGACAGCCCUUGUGGCUCCCGGGCAAGGAUGAGCGGCUGCAUUGUUAGGAUGGGAGCAGAGCCCUCCGUGCCACCUCCUGGCUCUUUUCCUCGGCACUGCAUCUUUCCGUUUCCUUAAACUUCGUCGUCAGAAUCCUGGCGAUCAUCCUCUGUCCUUUAAGAACAUGUAUGAAGAUGACCACUUUGGAGUUCCAAAAUACGGUCCCCCGAACCUUCUGAGUUAACCUUCUGCCUUGCAUUUAACUGGCUUAGCAGAUCCCCUCAGAAGCCAUUGUCUGCCUGUAUCUUUUACUCGAAGGCACCCUAACGAGGCAAGCGUGUGACUGAGAGAACUGGUCUAUAGGCAUCCACUGGUCACAGCAACACGUUCAAACUCAUGCUGUUCGGAAUAAGCCGGUGCCUAUAUGAAAUGGACCCUAAGCAGCAAUCCUCUUUUACUGACCCUCAGACGUGGACUGCUCCACCACACUGCUGGCAGCACCAACACGUUGUAUAAACAAGACCUGAGAUCGACCACAUCUUGUUGGGUUCCAUCGACCCCAUUCUCCGAUUGCGAUUUCUGUGUUAACACCUUCAGAACCCAUGGACAUAUGUGGCCAGACGCUGCCACACAGAUGUCAUUCAGUGCACGCCUAUAUUCUGUUCCAUGUACCUUGACGAAGCAUGCUGUUUGGUGCACACCACAUGGCAGCUGGUUCAGUGCCCUCUCUGCGAUGCAGGCCCGCUCCCAUCAGGGCACCCCGGGGGUCUCCCUUCACUGCUGAGCACUGUCGCCUCCCGCAAGGAGGGCUGCUGGGGUGCUGGGCCCCACGUUGGGUUGGUACCCACAAGGUCGGCACUUUGACUCCACCAGUCACCCUGUAGGAAAACGAUCAGGCUUUCUUCCCCUGGGAAAAGUCACAGCCUGAGAAACGCUAAAGGGCAUUUCCACAGCUGGCCCUGCCCGUCGGGGUCACUGCGUAGGAUCAACUCGAUGGCAGUGAGUUUAGGGUUUUGUUUGUUUGUUUUUGAGUUUAUAGCUUCACUUGGGGUCCUGGUGGCACAGCACUUGAGUGCUCAGUGGCACAAGGUCAGCAGUUCGGGAGGGAGUGGGGCAAGGUGCCUCUGUGAAAGUACCAGCCUUGGAAUGGAUGGAGCGCUCGCACUCUGGCCACAGCCUCGCUCUGGGUCGGUCCAGGUGAUCACUAUCAGGAAUUGACCAGGUGGCAACAGGUUGCCACAUCACAGAUUUUUAUGGGUCAGCAUCCACUCCUUGGAUGUUUUCCAACAAGUGCUAGCAUUACCCUUUUCCAACUUAGAAAUGAAUAUCUCAGCCAUUCCGUCCCUGCACAUGGGAAAUGACCAUAUGCACUGGGCACAGUGGGGAUGGAAUCAAGUUCCUGCAUCUCUUUCCUAUGAAGCAUUUAUUACUAUUAUUUAUUUUUUACUACCAUCAACUUUUCAUUCAAGGGAAGAACAAAAAGGUACAUUUCUAUGGGUACACAUGUGCAUAUACACAUGUGUGCAUGUAUGUUGUGUUCUGAGUCUUUGUGGGAUAUGGGAAGGGGAAAAGGAAUUAAGAAAUUGAUACUCGGACCUGAUUCCAUUUCAUCUUAAAAGCAGUGUCCUAGGAAGAAGUUUCAAGUUUAAAGAAAUACCAUUUUUCUACACAGAGAUAGUUUUGUAACUUGAUAUACAUUAUACUCCUCUAUGAGUCAUUUCUUAAAUGUAGAUGACUGAAUCCCACCUGAAAAGAAGUUAAUUCUGUGAUUUAGCUGCAGCCUCAGGGUCUACAUUUUUAACAAGCUCUUCGGGUGAUUCUAGUAACACAGUCCUCAGUGAGAAAUGUUAGAAAAUUGACAACAGAGAAAAGUUAUUUCUCAAGUAAAUACUUUAAAAAGACAAAACAAUGAACAAUUGAUUAAGAGGAUCUUAUAAAUAGACAAACAUGGCUUAUUUACAUAGGAGACACUCUUCCGCUGUGCUAAAAUUGCCUCAGUGUUUCUUUUGAAAUAGGUAAGAUUAUUUUAUACUCCUAUGUUGCCUUUCUUCAACGGCACCCAUCGCACUUUACAAGCAUCCACCCUCACAACACCUCUGUGAGGUCGGUAGAUAGCACUGUUCUGUCUGUGUCGUGAACUUGCAGUAUGGAGAAUUUCAUAACCUGAUCAAGCCUACUCAAUAACGCAGUAAUGGGUCUGCAAGCACCUGGGGACUUCUGCUCCAUACUCAGUCUUUCUUGAAUGUUUUCUGUACCUCAUUCAUUAGUCUCUGGAAAAAGAAAGGAAAUAAAAUAGUGACAUUAAGAAACAACAACAGCAUGUGUUUGUAUUGAAGAUUCCUUUUUGCCAUUGCUUUGUCCAGAAAUCCUGUAACCUACCAGUGUAACCUCUGGGGCAUUGGCACAUUCCUCAAUGUUGAUAAUUAUUCAACUGUAUCUUUAUCCUGUGUACUAAUUCAUCCAGUGUGUACAUUAUCUAUUGUCUAGAGGAUGACCUAUCAAACAAUCAGAUGUGUUCUCCUUUGUUUUGCAUCAUUUGGGGUUGUUUUUUCUCCCGGUUACAGUAGCCUUUCCUUCGAACUCAAAAAAAAGAAAAAAGAAUCCCUGAUAUUCAGUGCCUACACCAGAACUUGUCAGACCUACAACAGCAAACUCAAAAGGCAACUUGCUGAAGUAUUUUCAUGCAGAAUCCUCUUGAGGGAAAAGAGAGACAUUCCGCUAAGGUUUUGCAUACCGAUCCCUUGCCUAAUGAUCAUUCAAGGAAGUCUCCAUGAUUCAAACCCAUUGCACCAUUGACCUCUCAGAGUAACCCUGAGAUAUGAGUCUUGUCAUCCUCAUUUAGAAGCAAAACCCAUAAGUUCUUUAUCCUGUGGACAGUACUGAGUCUCUGGGUAGUGCAAACAGCGAAUGCAUUCAGCUCUUAAAUGAAAGAUUGGAAGUUCCAGUCUACCCAGGGGUGCCUCAAGAGAAAAUCCUGGCAAUCUACUCCCCAAAGACCAGCCUUGAGACCCCCAAAGCAGCACAGUUCUACUCUGACACACUCGAGGUCGCCAUGGUUAGGCGUUGACUGCCUGGCAAUGGUGUCAAAGACUCCUGCUAUCAAUAAAGCGGUACCCAAAAAGGGUCCCUUCCUGGUGGCACAAAUGGUGCAGCGCUCAAUGGCGAACCCACACAGCGUCUGCAGGAGACUACCCCAGCGAUCUGCUUCCAUAGCAAGGAUCGUGAAGACAACCCUAUAGAGCAGUUCUACUCUGUCACGGGGGUCCCUAUGGUUAGAAAUCAACUUGGUGGCACCCAAUAACAACCUCAGCAGAGACCUCCAAACGCAAGAUGAAAGUCCUAGUGAACCUUUUGAUUUCUGCCUUAAGAAACCAAUGUGGGAGAAGUGCUACAAAGCCAAUCAUGAUGUGGCUCGAGAAGUCAAGUUUACAUAAACUAUUGUAAUGAUAUGACUUGCCCAUUUCCCAAGAACCAGUAUUUCACACACACACACACACACACUGAAAUUGUACUAAUGAGAAUACAGUCUUUCUGUUAUGAUUCGAAAGAUGGCAUUUGAAAGGCGUUGACUGAAUUUGGAAUGGUGUGAAAUAAGCAAGUGUGUUAGAAUUCCUCUUCCAUGACUUUCAACAGCUCCUUACUCUUUCGAUUCUUGACCCUUCCCUUCCAGUAAGCCUCUGUAACCUAAUUUCAUCAUAGACAAAGAUUCAGCCACUAACUUUUAAAGAUCCCAUAAGGAACAAUUCCUGUGGACCAGGAGUUACAGCACCAUAAGAUCACAACUGAAUGGAGUUGGUCCUGUUUCAGACCAACAGACCGUUGGUCUGAUAGACUGUUCUUCAGACAACCUCAAUCAUAAGCAAUCAACUUGAUGUCAGGCAACAUCGAGUCGGUUCCAACUCAUCGUGACUUCCUGCUCUUAAGCCAUCCUCACAAUUGUUCUUGUGCUUGAGCCCACUGAUGCAGUCACUGGGACAAUCCACCUUGGACGGGGUCCUCCUUUUUUUUCGUGCCCCUCGACUUUACCAACUAAGCAUGAGAUCCUUCUCCGGCAUCACAGCAGCACACGAGCCACCGCAAUAUGACAAGCUGACAGACAAGUGAGCAAUCAAGAUAGGAUCAUCUUAACUCAGAAUGUUCCAAGAAAUAGGGAAAACUCAAGUCAGAGAGAAACACUGUGUUAUUUUUUGUUUUACUUAAAAGGAUUAUUAUUUUGUGACCAUUCCCAGCCUGCUAACUCUGUGUAAACUCAUAAAAUGCACAGCCUACCCAGUGAACCUACCCUUGGGGUGUAAGAGCCAUUACUACAAGACAGUGAGCAGACUAUAGUCUAGAAUUAACCGUUUCCCUGCUCUUUCCCUCCGGAUAGCCUGUUUCCUUUGUGCCCUCUCCUCCCGGGAAAGUAUCCCACUACAGCAAGUGAGUAUCAGUUACAAUCAGAUCUUGCCCACUGAUUCUGUGCGGAGGAUAAAUCGCAGCAUACGUUUGACUCCCAAACAAAAGAACUUUGGUCAAGGAGCAAAGAGUCUGGAAACAUGUCAUGAGACCAACUUGAGCAACACUUGAAGCCAGGAGGCUCACAAGCCACAUCCUGGCCAAGAAUGGUAACAUGACCUCAAAGCGUAGUCAUGGUCAUUCCUUGGAAAGUGGUGACAUAGUCCCAAUCCCAUUUUAAUUUCCUAGUGUACCGUAUGGAAUGGCAGGGAGUCGCCUUGGUGACGACUUGCUUGAUCAGCCAUAGCACAGCUUUCCCCUUUGACUUUCAUACAGUCCCUCUCUUGAUUUCUUAACUGCACUAAAUAAUGUGAGCCCAUAAUAUAUACAAUUUACAUUAACAAUGCCAUACAAUUAAUUUCUCCUCCAUUAACAAUCACCUUGGGACCUUUUUUGUCUAGUCUAUAAUAGCUGAAGGAUGCCAGAAGUAAGAUUUCUCUGCUUACCCGUAAUCAUGAAGAUCAGCAGCUAUACACAGAUGAUACUAGAAGAGGCAGUGUGCUCUGCACCCUCCUGCAGUUUAUGAUUCCACAGCUACACUACCAGCUCAGUUGCUCUGCUUGGGUGCCUGGCAGCAGAUGAUGGCCUUUUUCAAAGCCUCAGUUUCCUUAAUUGUGAAACAGGCUAUAGGGCGAUUGAAUCAUUGAAUUCAAUUAGAAUACAUAUAUCCAGCACGUGGUAGAUGUUCAAUAAAUAUUACCUAUGUUUUGUUCUUGUUAUUAUUUUUACAGAUCUAACUUCUCAGUACCCAAGGGAGGCACGGGGUCUUUCGAGGCACAUGUGUAUGGCAAAUGCUUGCAUUCAAGAGGAUGACUUCGAAAAAUAAUAAAAGGCCUUCUGUUAUCCUUAAA